AGAUGGGGAAUGUGAUGUUCCCUGAACCAGAUGAUCCAGAGUGGUCCAUUGGUUGGGUUGAGCCACAUGGACCAGGUUUUAAAAGUGAGGAUGAUACUGGUUCUGGUGGUGGUGGGUUUGUGGUUCUUGUUCCUUGUUACAAGAAAGUGAUGGAUGGUUCAGGGAAUCAGAUUCCAACUAGCUUCCUCUCUCCUGCUCCUGAUAAGAAGAAUAUGGAACAGUGGCUGUCAUCUAUGGGGAAGCUGUAAUAAGCUGGAGGAUUGGGACGAUCAAGACUAUUUCUCUGAUGUUUCUUUCUCAGUUUCAAAAUUAAGAAUCAAAUAAUCAAAAAAAAACAAGAAAAAAAAAGAAAGAAAAGAUUGGGGGAUAGAUAUUCUGGAGACUUCUUGUGGUGUUCUGUUUCAGGUGAGUGACAACAAAACAUCAAGUCAUCUCUCAAGAAUCUACUACUAAUGGACAAAUGGUGAUGGUGAUGGAGACUUGGCAACAAUGAAUGAAGAACUGAUAUGAUAUAUGAUUUGUAUUUUGGAUAUUUUUUUCAUGUGGGGUGUGUUUGGAGUGAAGGCGUUUUCUGCUUCUGUGGUCGAGAUUAUUGGGCUAAUUUGGAACAAACAAAGAAAAAAUAUUUUUCUUUUGUUCUUUUGUGGUUGAUGACUUGAUGGUGUGUAAUAGUGUACAUACAUGUACAUAAGUUUCUGUUUAUAUUUCUUCUUUCUUCAGUCACAUGUCAUGUGCUUACAUUUGACAACACAAUAACCCCUAGCGUUGUACACGUUAUAAUCAUC